UAUGCGCAUGCGCCCUGAAUCACCAACAUCAUCAGGAGAGAAGAAGAUGGCGGAGGAUGUGAAGGAUGAGUCGGUGGCCACUGACUCAGAGCUCCUGGCUGCGGACGGGAGCCAGAACACUGCGGUGGAGGAGGAAGGUGGCUGCACUCUGCUGCGGAGGAUGGAGAUCUGUGUGGCUGAGGCUGAGAAGAGGAGUGGGAAGAAUGCAGUGAACAUGCAGGAGACGUUCACCGUGUACCUCAUCGAGACACGGCCGAUGGAUGCAGUGGCAGAGGGUCGUAACCCUGCUCCCGACUCUCUGUGGAGGCGAUACAGCGAGUUUGAACUGCUGCGGAGCUACCUAAUAGUUACCUAUCCAUACAUUGUGGUGCCCCCCCUGCCUGAGAAGAGGGCAGAGUUCGUGUGGCACAAGCUGUCGGCGGACAAUAUGGACCCAGACUUUGUGGAGCGCCGCAGGGUGGGGCUGGAGAACUUUCUGAUUCGUGUGGCAUCUCAUCUAGUGCUCUCCAAUGACAAGAUCCUCUACCACUUCCUCACUGAGGAACAUGGCUGGAGAGAGGUGGUGUAUGAGACAGGUUUUCAGGCUAAGGCAGAUUCCAGGCUGAGAGCUCUCAGUGCCACCUUCCGGGUGAGAAAUACAGAUAAGCGCUUCAUGGACAUGAAACACUACAGUGAUGAGCUGCAGUCUCACACAUCUCAGCUGCUCCGAGCAAGAGCAAGAGUUGCUGAUCGACUCUACGGUGUUUUCAAGGUGCAUGGGAACUAUGGCAGAGUCUUCAGUGAGUGGAGCGCCAUAGAAAAAGAGAUGGGGGAUGGACUGCAGAGUGCUGGUCAUCAUAUGGAUGCUUACGCUGCCUCGAUAGAUGACAUCUUAGAGGAAGAGGAACAUUAUGCAGACCAACUGAAAGAAUAUCUCUUCUAUGCUGAGGCUCUGAGGGCAGUGUGCAGGAAACAUGAGCUGACCCAGUUUGAGCUGGAGAUGGCCUCCCAGGACCUCAUCUCCAAGAAGCAUCAGCGUGAGGAGCUGGCCACAGGGAUAGUGCGGACGUUCUCCUUCAAAGGAAUGACCAACAAGCUGUUUGGACAAGAAGCACCUGAGCAGAGGGAGGCCAGACUGAAGCUGCUGGAGGAGCUGAUAACAGAGGGUGAAGAUGCCGUCAAAGAGAAGACAGCUGAGUGCGAGGAGCAUGUUGAAAGAGCCUGGGUGGACAUGGAGCGCUUUGAGGAGCAGAAAGACAAAGACCUGCGGGAGGCGCUCAUUAACUAUGCUGUCAUGCAAAUCAGCAUGUGCAAGAAGGGAAUUCAGGUGUGGAGCAAUGCCAAAGAAUGUUUCCUCAAAAUGUGAAGAUCAAGCCAUGUUCAGUGCUGCUCACCUGUGGAUGCCGAAAAAUGACCUCUGUGUCGUCGUGUUGAGGUUUGAAAAUGAUCUCAUUAAUGUAACAAAAUGUUUAUAAUAUGUCAUUUCAAGUUCUACUAAAAAGCAUUUAUAUGCAGCUCAUUUGCAACAGUGAUUCACUGUAGUGGAAAAGCUUCAGGAAGUGGUGGAUCACCAAGGACCAUUUGUCUAACUUCAAAUAGGCACUUCACCAGUUUUACAUGUUUAAGUCAGUAUAUUAACUCUGUUUAGAUCCAGGGUUUUCACAUGCUCACACCUCUGUGACCUGCUGUGUUUGGUGCGUUUGCGCAUUUAGUGAAGUUUGUUUGGGCUGGUGUGAAACCUGCUCAUCAAACUCUGGUACAGACCAAACAACCAGACCCAGGAGGGUCCUGGUCCAGUUCUGUUAUGGUGUGAAAGCAAAGUAGACCAACCACAGGUUGUUGUGACAGUAGAUGUGUGAUUUUAGCAUGAAUUCAAAAGACAGAGGACUAUUAACCAGAACUAAAUGACAACAGGUUGCUGAAGAUAUCAAACCAGAAUAUCCUUGUGAAACUGGCUUCAGAGAGAGUGAAACGUAGGCGCCACACAGUCACUAUCCCACCAUAACAUUACACCAAAUAAAAAUUACUCCUUUUAUCUUUUUGCUCCCUGUUUUUCAUCAUUCAUGAAAUAAGCUCAAGUUGUAGUCUGGAUUGUUACUGCUCAUGAAUCAUUUAUAUCUAAGAGAUACUGUGUGUCACUAGAUAACAUAAAUGAACACAUCAGUAUCUAUGGAGCUCAUUCACUGCCUAAACCUAACAAACAAAAUUCAUUAAUAAACAAACACAAAACACCUAACAAACUAGUGUGUUUUGUUUUGUAAAUACAAAAUGUCUAUUAAACAAAUACACAUACAUACAUUCAGAAACACAUACAGCAGGUCUUACAAGUACAAACAUAUAUCCUAAAGAGAUUUAAAAAAAAUAAUAUCAUGUGUCUUUCCACCGUGAUUGUGCCAAGAAAUGUCUCGAGUAAUUCUCCCUCCACGGCAGCAGGUGGUUACAUGAGUCAGUUCAAAGGCAGGUUGAGCAGAGCAGAGCACUGUGGUCAGGUGAGCUGUCCCUGGUCAAAUCCCUGUGAAACCAGCUGUCUCCUUGUGUAAUUAUGGUACGGGUGCUGGAAGCAGCCAAAAUGGACACAUGUGAAAACAGUUUAUACACCCAGUGAAACGGUUAUUAUUUUAAACAUCAUAUUGACAUAUUAAAUACACUGUAAUGGUUCCUAACUGAGAAACUACUUUUAUAUAUGUUCCAUGACAUUUACAGUUGUUGCCCUCUUAUUUGGAAAAAAAAAACAGCCAUUGAUUAAAUUUCGGUAUUAACUUCCUAAAAUUCCUUUACCCCCUUUUCCCUGUUCUUUUAUACAUUUCCAAAUGCUGUAUAGAUAUCUGUUCGAAUUAAACGUUACCUUAUAUGACUAUCUACAUUUUAAAGAACUAUACUGUGCAGUCAUUGGACAAAUUACAGGAAACGUGAGUCAAAUUCACAAAAACAUUUCCUCCAUAGGGUUGUUGAAACCCUCAGUGGAUACUUGGAAUUUUCAGAGUGACCCUGACUGUUUCCAUAUGAAACUUCAGGUUUCAUUUUUCUGUAUAUGGUCACACAAAGACAUUUGACAUAUGAUAUUUCAGCCGAUGUAUAAAGGAAUAGGAAAGAGUUGGUGGGGAAUUUUCCAUGUUUACAGUGGAAUUUAGUUUAUGGCUGUUUUUUUAUCCUCCCAAAAAAACACCAACACUAAAACAACUGUAAAUGUUAUGGAACAUAAUUAAAAGCAGUUUCUCAGUUAGGAGGUAUUACAAUGUAUAUCAUUAUGAUGUUUACAAUAAUAACCGUUUCACUGGGUGUUUGGCCGCUUCCAGCACCUGCACCAUAAUAACACAAGGAGACACUCAUCAAACUCCAUCAAACAGCUGGUUUGACAGGGAUUUGACCAGGAACAGCUCACCUGACCCCAGUGCUCUGCUCUCUCUGCUCUGUUCAACCUGCCUUUAACCUGACUCAUGGCGCCAGUGUUAAAGAUAGUGCCAAAAGCCACAGGAUAUAUUUUUUUGUAAUCUCUGUAGGAUGUAUGUUUGUACUUGUAAGACCUGCUGUAUGUGUUUCUGAAUAAUGUAUUAGAAAUAAGCUGUGCUUUUGUUUGAUAGAUACAUUUUGCAUUUACAAAACCAAAUGCAUUUGUUUGUACCAUUCACUGCCAUUCACUAACAAACAAAUUUGUUAGUGAAUGGCAGGGCAUUUGUAAAACAUGUUUGUCCAGUGUUGGCUCCAUGAGGAUCAGUGAGGUGCAGCGUGACCUGCUGUCCGUUAUCAGAGGUUGAUUUAAGGUUAGAUUCAGAGUUUGUUGAAGCUGGAUCAGGCUCCUGAACUAAAGGCAACAAUGAGUCAUAUUUGUCCCUGGUCUCAACGACAGGUGUGACAGUGACCUGAGUAGUAAACACAACCAUAAAGGCACACAAAUGAAAUCAUUUUUUGAUUUUUGAUUAUGUUUUUUAAAAACAUAAUCAGAGUGACAUCAUUUCCUCCACGUCCCUCUGCUGAGUCAGUAACUUAAAUCUGCUUUAAUGAAUGAAUCAAAGUGCAGCAGCUACAUUACGUGUCUUUAUGUGCAGGGCGAUGUGUUGUACUAAUGUACAGUAAAGCUGCACAUAAGACUCAGUCUGAGAUGAUUUUAUUAACCUUCAUUUAUUGACUGAGGUUUUUUCUCCUGUGUGUUUUAAAUGUUACCUAAAUAGCAUUUUAUUUCCUGCUUACCAGAAAUAAGCUUUGUGAGUGUAUUUCUGAAGAUUCAUAUUUACAAUUUUAAUGCUCAGUUUGGAUGCAGAUCUUGUUUGUUCUAUUUAUUUGAAUAAAAAUCUGUCACACCACUGA